UUCUUCUUCGUUUGUCAGAACGAAGUGGCCGAUGUAGAGUGAUUCAACGCGGGAAAAAGAAGAAUGUCGUUGGAAUCUGGAGACUUCAGCGACAUCCUACCGCAAACUGAUACGAUUUUUGAAUACGAGAAACACGUUUUGAUUUGUCCCGCGGUUGAGGAACUGAAAGUGAUCGAAUCUUCGAACCAGUGUCCGGUUUCAAGCUGUGGAGUUGUAAUCGCGAACAGGGCUGCGCUGGUGCAUCACAUGCGACAAAACCACAAAAUCCCCCUGAAGACUGAUGCCGAUAAAUUUCCGAAGAAGGAAAGGUUUUAUGUGUGCCCUGAUCCCGAAUGCCUUUACUCGGUGGAAAAGGGGAAGAGAUUCGAUAAACGAAAAGCUGUGAAGCAGCACUUCCUGAAGGUACACGGGGAAAAGGUUCACAGUUGCAAGACGUGUUCGAAAAAAUUUGGACUCGUUCAUGAUUUGAACGCUCACAAAUCUGAAUGUGGAUUCGUUUACCGAUGCGGAUCAUGUCCUAUCACCUACACGAAAUUCGUCAAUUUGAAGGGCCAUUCGAAACUCAAGAAUCAUUAUUUCGAUCCAAACCAGGAUCCAAAAGUCAGAAAAUCUGGUAAAGCAGUGCCAGUACCGAUUCUCCCCCCGGAAACAGCCAAAGUGUUCAUCAUGGUUCCUGUAAAACUUCGUCCCGCGGUUCUGGAUUCUGCCACGUCUCCCCGACGAGAUCCUGUCGGAGAUGACUUCUCACAACAAGUCUGCCUCGGAAACCUCGACAAGGAACUGAAGGACUCAUCUCCCACAAAACGCGACUGCGUUUCCAUCGUACCGAAACCCGGGGAUACGGGUCCGAUCAACGCUCUUUUCGCGGCCCACGCGUUGAUGGACCUUGCAGUGAGUCCGUUCCUCCGAUUUCCGUCUCGUGUCGAAAUCGGAGUGCAAACCGAUGGCGACUCAUCAUCAAAACGUCGCAGUAGUCCAGCUAGGGGUUCGAGGAAGCGUUGUGCAGAGGCACAGACAAGACUGACGUCAAGGAAGAAGAAGAAAGUGAGCCACUCCGUUGCGCAGACGGUUCUUGCCGAGUUACCGAGACGAUCUCGAAAAGGCCUUUCGCCGGUUCACAAGAAUUUUAAGGGUUCUUUCGAUUCUCCUGUGGUUGUGCCGAAAUUUAUCGACGCGGAAGUGAGUUGCUCUUACCCGGAUUCGGAUGAUUUGCCUUCCGGGAAUAGUAGUUUUUGGGAGAAUCCCCCGGCACUCGAAGCCAAUUCCGGAUCAACGAAUAUACAAACUCAAACCGAGGAUGAUUUGGAUUGUUUGUUGGACGAGCUGGAGCCUGCGGACUGGGAAGUGCUUUCGGCGUCGACGCAAACUUUCUUUGAAGAUUGGGCGGACUUCGUGAAAUCGGCAUUCGAGAGCGAUAGAAGUAUUGAUCUCAGUGUCGAUUCAAAUCUCGACGUUAACAAUCACGAAGGAACGCAGGAGAACCCUGAAAUUCAUGGUUAAAAAGUGUUCUACAGUAUGUGUUUUGGGCAUGGCUAUGGUUUGUUGAAGGUUUUUGAAUUUAAAUGGAUUUAAAUUUCGAUGAUU